AUGUGGUUGUUUCAAAUAAGUGUUUCUCAAUUGAGGGUUUUUGACCUUCAGAUUCCUGAAAACACUUCACUGGACAAAUGUACUCUAAUUUGUCGGCUUUUAUUUGAUGGCAAAGUGGUAAACCUUGCGGUUUCUCAAGUUUCGCAAAUUAUACAAGAAAAGGAGUCCGUCCGAUUUAGGUACCGUUUGCGAGUCUCUACAGUGGAAGAACUCGUUGUUUCACUUAGUCAACGGACUGCUGUGUUUCAGGUUCUUCUUCUUAAUGGAUCUUGGAGGCCUACUAGUGCAGAUGCCAAUAGGGAAAAUGAAUAUUGUAUUGGUUUCGCUGCGACGAGUCUGUUACGUUUAGCGCAGAGUGAAUGUGCCCAUUACGAAUUUCACUUGAUGGCACCUACUCACUAUGAUAGUAGUAGUAUGAGUUGUGCUGCUAAUGGUGGCACAUCUAGAGGUCGUAUGACUGUUAAAAUCUUCAUGGAACAAUUAGCAGAGAUUCGACUGCAGCCCAUAGAACUAGAAGGAAUUGGCCUCAAAGACGGUAUCUAUGGACUGCGGUGUCGACUCUUCUCCGCUUCUUCUGAGUUGUUAUCAUCAUCAACCUCAUCGAAUCAUUCUUUCUCCUACGGUAACACUUCCGGCGGUGCCGUGGCGGUGUCAGGAACUGCCAGAUGGAAUGAUGCUGCACUGAUACCAUCCGCUGUUGUUUUUAUUGGAACUCGUCGUGCACUCGUUAUGCAGUUGUUGCAAUUAACAGUAUUACAACUACAUCGCAAUGGCACAGAAACACCUAUUGUGUCCUUUACACUUCGACUGACAGAAUUGCAGGAACAGCUGGUAGACACAUUUCUUAAUCUACCAUUUGAACUGCGGAGUAAUGAGGUACCGAUAACACUUCGUGGUGUUUUGCAGUUUAGGGAUUUGCCUGUGUUUGCUCUCAAAGUGCGCCAGAUGUCAACAGCUGAGCGUAAAGUAAAAAGUCUGAGAGAUGAGAGUGGAAAGGAUCACAGUACGCCAAUGUUGAGUUUAAAUUCAUUACAAAAGCCAUCGUCUGAAAGUAAAUGUAAUUUAAAUCAAACAACGAAAUCCAUAGUUCCGUUAGAGUCUGAUGUACUCUUGGCUAAAAAUAGCUUGGCAAAAUUAAGUAAUCAAGAAAAUGUAUACUUUCCACAGGAAGGAAGCAUAAAUAAUAAUACCAAUUCCCAAAAACAAAAUGGUGAUAAUGACAUUAGUAAGGGGAAAUAUGAAAACCCUCUUCCUUCUGGUGUAGAUCAUGCUAUGGGAAAGGAUGAAGAUUUGUUAGGGACAGUACAAGAAAAAGAGGAUGAUGAAAACAUGAAGAAGCCCUCGGACGCUAUUCUUUCUACAGAUUGCUGUGAAGAUACACAAAAGAAUCUGGAACCAAUCAUUCCUUUACCCCCACGUGAUAAAACAUUAAUUUUGAAAAGAUUGUCUAAUAUUCACAACGCUGGAGAUGGUAAAAAACAUGAGACAUACAGAAGUAAUAACGUAAGCACCUCUUACACUCUACGUGAAAUCAAGGGAAUGAAAAAUGAUCUCUUAAGAAGUGAGGAACAACGUAUUCAAUAUGAAUUGUCUCGCACAGACAUGCAUAUUGCUAUUCUUUCAAUGUCUUUGAGGGACGUUCAUGCAUCUCCACUCAUCACUAGACGUGCUUUUCAUCUGCAGAGGAAUAUAUUGGAACAAAAAUUAGAGCAUCUCAACAAUGCGGAGGCGUCUCUCCUGCAACUCACAGAUACCAUUGCAAAACGUAUGCAGUUCUGUCGGAAAAUGCAAUGUGAAUCAAUGGAGGAGUUGUUCAGAGCUCGAAAGCAAUUAAAAGCAUAUGCAAUGCUUUUAUUGAAUUUGGAGGAAUUCGUACAAACAGAGCUUCUCGCGGAUGAAAAGUCUUAA